CUACUAGACAAUAUGUUUGAAUGCUGAGCUGGUCACGCCUUUUUAACGGAGCCAUUACGUAAAUGGCAAGCCGGUUCGCUAGGUCCAGAAUCUCAUUCCAAACAAACACGCGGAGCGACAGCGUUCGACUCGGUCAGAUUGAAGACGGAGUUGGCAGUCCAAAAAAAAGUCGCGCCUCCCGUUCGCUUUCAAACCUCACGACAGCAUAAAUGUACGAGAAAGAGCUCAGGCUUGCCGAGCUUGCCGUGCAGAGGGCAACUCUCUUCACCUUAAAGGUUCUUUCGUCCUUUAGCAAAGAUGAUGCUCUUGAUAAGCCGGACAAUACGCCCGUCACCAUUGGCGACCUGGGUGCUCAGGCUCUUAUCAUAAGCGCUCUCCAUGCCGCUUUUCCCGGAGACAAAUUCGUUGCGGAGGAAUCAGCUUCAUUCUUGCGUGAAGACGCAGAGCUGGCGCAAAAAGUUUGGCAAAUGAUCACGGAAGUAGCCCUGGAGGACGCCGAUAGCGAAAAAUUACUUGCGAAGCCUAGCUCACUGGAGGCAAUGUUGGACAUCAUCGACCUUGGCUGUGGUUCCGGUGGACAGGACCGCAUAUGGGUUCUCGAUCCUAUCGACGGAACUAAAACUUUCAUGAAGAGCCAGCAGUAUGCCGUCUGUUUGUGUUUAGUGGUCCAUGGCGAACAGAAAGUUGGCGUUCUAGGCUGUCCAAAGCUGUGCCUGGAAACCUCCAAAAUCAGCGAGACGACUGUCCCCCGCAAUGGGAAUGGAUAUCUCGUCUCGGCAGUCAAGGGUCAAGGUGCAACUUUGCGGCCUUUAUCGUCUGCUGGGUUGCAACCGGCUCGUCCAGCUCCGGCUAUAGUCCACCCAGCUGAAAAGAAACCCGAGCUUGUCGACUGCGUCGCUUCGACGUCCAUGAACGCGGAGAAGCAUCGUGAAAUAGCCGAACACCUGGGCAUAGACUGGCCAGGAACUGAAAUCUGGAGCACGCAAAUGAAGUACAUUGCACUAGCGGUUGGGGGUCAUGAUUUGUGGAUUCGCAUACCGCAGAAGCCAUCGCACCGCACUGCAGUGUGGGAUCAUGCAGGCGGACAUUUGAUAUACGAAGAAGUAGGUGGCAAGGUAACCGAUAUAUAUGGCAAGAAAAUCGAUUUUGGUGCCGGUAGGAGAUGUGAAAAUAACUUUGGAAACAUAGCUGCAGCACCAGCACUACACUCUCAGGUGUUGGCUGUAGUGCGGAAACUCAUCACGAAGGAUAACAAAGACUAGUCGGAUUGUUGAGAUCUCAAGCAGACUAGAACGGCCGUACAAAGCACUGGGAACGUUUAGCAAACAAUCGCAAUUUUUUUUUUCAUUCAA